CGUCGCGGAUAUGGCCGCGCUGCCGUGCGGAUCUUCUCGGGCUCCACAGCGCCGCUGGAGGAGACAGGGGAUGUGAGACACCGGUCUGGCCUCCCGAGACGAUGCUCGCUCUCCUGGGCGCGGCGGCCCUGGUGCUGGUGGCUGGGGAGCCUUGGGUGCUGCUCGCAGCCGCAGGUGGAGAAGAUCUGGAACCUCCUGAGGAUAUAGACGUCUACAUCAUAGACGACAACUGUACCCUAAAGUGGAGCAGUAGAGAGGCAGUGGGCAAUGUGACGUUCUCAGCAGAAUAUCAAACAGAAGAGAUGGAAAACUGGUUAAAAUUGCCUGGGUGUCAACAUAUUACGGGGACCGAAUGCAAAUUCUCUUUACUGGACACAAAUGUUUAUAUCAAAAUCUCAUUUCGAGUAAGAGCAGAAAAAGGAAAGAGCACUUCUCCAUGGAAUGAGGGUGACCCGUUUAUUCCUUUUCAAAAAGCUCACAUUGGCCCCCCAGGAGUACGUUUAGAAGCUGAAGAUAAAGCUAUACUAGUAUACAUCACUCAUCCCGGACAAGGUGGAAACAUGUGGGCAAGAGAUAAUUUUAGCUUCAGGUACAAGAUAGUAAUCUGGCAGAAGUCUUCAGGUGUGACACAAAUUAUUGAAACCACGUAUUACACAGAAAGGAUUUUAAAACUGUUACCGGAGACUACUUACUGUUUAAAAGUGGAAGCAAUACAUUUUUUCCUUAGGAAACACAGCAGCUACAGUGCAGUGCAGUGUAUAAACACCACAGUGGCAGAUAAAAUGCCUGUGCCAGAAAACAUAGAAGUGGACGCUGAUGGUGAGAGCUAUGUUCUGAGCUGGGACUAUGCAUCUCCAAACGUGAGCUUCCGAGCGCAGUGGUUCCCUAGCUAUUUCAAAAGUAUUUCUGGAAGCUAUUUGGAUAAAUGGGAAACCAUUCCGACCUGUGCGGAUGUCCGAACUACGCGCUGUGUCUUUCCUCGGGAUGCCGUCCACACAGGAACUUUCUUUCUCCGGGUACAAGCAUCACAUGGAGAUAACACAUCUUUUUGGUCUGAAGAGAAACUUAUUAAUUCUCAAAAAUACACUGCCAUUCCCCCUCCAGUCAUUGCCGUCACCCCGUCCAGGGAUUCAUUGCUUGUCUACGUCAGCUGUCAGGACAGCCCCAGCACCACAUGUCAUGGACUGACUUAUGAAGUCAGUGUCUGGGAAAACACUUCAAAUACUAAGAUGAAAAUGGUGAAGGAAAGCCCAGAGUUUACCAUUGGGAACCUGCAGCCACUGACUCUGUAUUGUGUACAAGCCAGGGUACACUCGUUUGCCGUGUGGAACAAGAGCAGCAGCUUCAGUGAGACGCUGUGUAAGGAAACGAGGCCAGGAAAUUCUUCCCAAAUCUGGAUUAUGAUUGCACUUAGCAUUGUGAUUUUUUCUGUCCUGGUCCUGGUUUUAUAUGCUGGGAGGAGCCUCCUGAAAUACCUCAGUUGUGUGUACUUUUCAUCCCCCAAGCCUCCCCCCAGUAUUGAAGAGUUUUUCUCUGAGCCGUCUUCAAAGAACCUUCUGUUUCUGAUGCCCGAGGAACACACCGAGAGGUGCUUCAUCAUUGAAAACACAGACUCAGUGACAGAAGAAAGCCAAGCAUCCGAGGAAGAUCACAGGAAGUACAGCUCCCAGACCAGCCAGGACUCGGGGAACUAUUCGAACGAAGAGGGAAGUACUGGGAGUGACAGUGGUGCAGGGCUCAGGCCCUCGGACUGACCCGCCCACAGCGGGCUCUGCUGGAGAUCCGGGUGGGCGGCCCUCCUGGGACCCGAGACCUUCAGAGCCCAGGCCAGCAGACGCGGCAUCUCUCCACUGCUGACGCGGAUGGCCACAGUCUGGAGUGAUGUGCAUUCGUCUGUGAGGAGGCAGGCUUGACUGAAGGUGGCUGCCAUAUCUGCUGACAGCUGGAAUCCCAGGCUGCUGUUUUGUGCCGCAGGUGUGGCCCAUGCUGCACAUGCCAUCUGGUGUUCUCUCUCUGUGUGUCAUGUUCCUAGGGGAUGUCUAGAACAUGUCUAGAACUGCCGUAGCUCCUGAGGUGUCUCAGAGGUACUGUUGUCUACGCUAGCACUUCCUAACCCCUAACUGACCACAGCAGCGGCGUCCGACUAGAACUCAGAGGUCACUGAAGCCGUGGAGAUCUCAGUGUGGCCUGGGGAGGCACGGUCCACUCUAGUGCGUGUGGAUCUAGGAGAUGCCUGUGACAGGACAGAAGUGACAGGACAGACGUGGGUCGUCAGUAAGUAAGCAGCAGCUCGUGAACUGGUGAGGAGGAAGACCACGUGCAGCCAGCCUUCUUAUUAACGCCCUGUGUGCGUUUCAGUAGCCUCUCUGUGUUACUUUAUAUGGAGGCCGACCUCGCCUCUGUCCCCCAGUAUUCGGGUCCCCCUUCUCAGCAUCCACGUACUUAAAAAGUGUCACAUAGUGAGGGGAGGAGGAGUUGGUUGCCUGGUGCUGUUUGCAGGUGCCUAGAAUCCACUUCACAGUGAUGCUCAUGAGUAUCUUCUGUAGGCAGGACAUCUAGCAAUCCCGGCAGCUCCAGGGUGGACUGUCAGUGCAGGCGUGACAGGACCCCAGCCUUGAGAGGAGCUGAGCCGCGUGGUGGCACACACCUGUAGUCCCAGCACUUGGGGACAGAGGCAGGCGGAGCUCUCAGUCCCAGGCCAAAGGAGCAGAUGAGGAUGACGGCUGUGGCCUCAGGCCCCAUUGCCCUCUGCACUGUGACACUUUAACAUUCCAACCCAGUGCUGCUCAUCCUGUGUUCACCCGGGGAAGAGCUCCUUCUGACAAGAUGGCCUGCAGGGAAACAAGGCCGUUAGGAUGUGGGACGUGAAGGUGCAGACAUUACGUGACACCAGUGAGGGUGGUCCCCCUUACAAGUGCAGACCCAGGUCUUCAGGGUGACAGCACCAGGUGAGGGGGGACUGCACUGUCCCUGGACUUGGCAGCUCCACCCGUGUGCUCUGUGGUGGUCUGCAUGGUGCUUCCUAAGGGGUGCUGUGAGAUGACAGGCUCUCCUGAGCAGUCAUGGUGCUCAGGAUGCCGUGCACGUGGAGAGAUGCUCAGUGGUUAAGGGCACAUCCUGCCCUUGCAGAGGACCAAGUGCAGUCCCCAGCUCCCACACUGUGCCUCACAACAGAGGGUGCAGCAUGGGUUUCUGGUUGCCUCAGGCACUAGGCAUGUGCACGGUGCACAUACAUACAUGUAAGCAAGACCCCCAUACAUAUAAAAGUCAAACCUUUUUUAGAAAAAUAAUUUAAAAUCUAAAGAAAGAAAUACUAGCAGGGCAGCGCUGGCACAUGCCUUUAAUCCCAGCACUCAGGAGGCAGGGGCAGGAGGAUCUCUGUGAGUUCAAGGCCAGCCUGGUCUACAGAGCGAGUUCCAGGAGAGGCACCAAAACUACACACAGAAACCCUGUCUCAAAAAACCAAAAAAAGAAAGAAAGAAAAGAAAUACUAUGCACUUGAGGGCACCAACAAGCUGCCUGAGAAAUAUUGAUAGUUAGAGAAGCCCGGCACCCCCUAAGAUUAAUGUGACGUGGUCUUGGUGAUGUGCAUGUGCAGAUGUAAACAGUAACCGGCUGUGAACAUCUACACGCCACCCACACAGGUGACCUGGCUGCAUUCCAUUAGGAUUGCCAGAAAGCACCUAUUAACAGUUGAGUCUGAAAUUAGAGAGGCUGUUCUAGGUUAGAAUCACUUAAAGACUGAGCAGAAAUCCGUAACCCAUAAAAAAGUUCAUUUAAAAAUAGGCCAGGCCCAAUGGUGCCUGCUUGUUCCCUUGCCAGCUGCCGAGGAAUGCGGGCCUGCCCGAGCCACAUAGCAAGAGUGCAUGGUGUGAGUGUGUACGGGUGUAGAGACGUGUGUGUUUGUGUAUGAAAUACAGAGCUCAGCAGGCUGACUUCCGACAGCCUCGUAGUUCUCUUGGGGCUGGGGGAGGUGUUCCCAAGCCCCCCCCCCCCCCCCCCCCCCCCCCCGACCACUGCAGCCUGUGUGCCCGGCCUGCACUUUCUCUGUGCCUGUCUCUCCUUUUGCGGAAGCUCCCAGCACGGACUAAGUUCCUCGCUGUGCCCCCAGCCCCUGUAAUAGUGCAGGGCCCGGCACAGACAGGGCUCGGCAGCUACCGAAUGAGUGAGAUCUGAAAUUGAGGCAGGUAUUGAUUCUGGUUGGUGGUGGAAGAAAAUAAUCGUGUUUCUAUGUUUUGUUUCUAUGCACCAAGUCUGUGUCUUGUCCUUUUGUAAUUUGUCUGAGGCUCCUCUGCUGUCAAAUGGUUUUAUAUAACAAACUGGAGCCAGAACUCUGGGUUUGGUGGGUGCUGUUGACCUGGGGUUCUGUGUGCCAGAGGUGCUCACAGCAGCAGGACACCGAUGCCCUGUGGCCAGCAUCCUGCAGAUGGCUUCAUGAGGUGAGCGGGGCAAGACUGUUGCACUCUGCUGUUCUGUAUGCAAACUCCUGUCCCUUGCGAGUGUUUGUCCCUCACCCUCCAUCUCACGCAUCCUGAGGGCCCUUCUGCUCUGCUCAGGAGACUCGGGGUGAACGUGACUUGUAUUGUCAGUUUCCUUCCUCACAGUGGAGGAAAUAAUAAACUCAUCUGUAUUCCUGAGAAGUGCCCUGUUACUUGGUGACAGUGACAGAUCCCAGUUGCAUUCAGGCUUUGGUUUUCGGUGCUCCUGACUCUUCCUAGGUGAACGUGAAGAACUGUCACCACCCAGGGUCAGGAACCAACAACAGACCAAAAAGAGGGUGCCAAGGGUGCCAUCUAAGUCAGUGGUUCUCAGCCUGAGGGUCUGGACCUCUUUGGUAGUCGAAUGACACUCACGGGGCUCUAAUAUCAGGUAUCCUGGAUACCAGAUGUUUACGAUUCAUGACAAUAGUGAAAUUACAGUUAUGAAAUAGCAAUGAAAAGAAUUAUGAUUGGGGGUCACCACAACAUGAGGAACUGUUUUUUGGUUUGGGUUUUGGUUUUUGGUUUUCAAGACAGGGUUUCUCUGUGAAAUAGUCCUGUCUGUCCUAGAACUCACUCUGGGACAGGCUGGCCUCAGCCUCCCAAGUGCUGGGAUUAAAGGUGUGCCCCACCACUGCCUGGCCUGUGAGGAACUAUAGUAAAGGGUCGCAGCAUUGGCAGGCUGAGAACCAGUGCCCGAAGUGUCACUUGCUGAGCCAGGGAGUUUAUUCAGGGGUCUCACCCGGGCUCAGAUGAGGACUCGAAAGCCGCAUCUCAGAGCCCUUGUCUGACUUGCAGGCACUUCUGCUGGGGGUCUCCUCUUCCUUAAGCAAUAGUUCCUGCUUUCGGAACCUCAGUGAGGGUUCUGGGAUCCCAUGACUUCCUGAGCCUUGAAGGUUUCCUAGCUUCCUAAAUUUUGGAAGCUUCUCCUAUCUUUCCAGGAGGGAAUGUUUGAAUUCAUUACAUUCGAAACUCACCCUGGGCAGUGGUGGCACAUGCCUUUAAUCCCAGCAGUCAGGGGGCAGAGGCGGGCGGAUCUGUUGAAUUCCCGGCCAGCCUGGUCUACAGAGUGAGUCCCAGGACUAUUUCACAGAGAAACCCCAUCCUUCUCUCUCUGUCUCACUUUGUGUGUCUCUGUCUCUCUCUCCUCCUUCUCCUCCUCUCCCACUCUCCUAUGUCUGUGUGUCUGUCUGUGCUACAUGUGAGCACACACUUGGGCAUGAGUGUGAGCAUGCAGGUGUCACAGUGUUCACACCUGCGCCCAAGUGUGGAGGUCUGAGUGGGACAUGUGGCAUCUGCCUCUGGCUCCACCUGUUCCCUAGACAGGCUCUCUCACUGAAGAGGAAGCUCGUGGUUCUGGCUGGGGUAGUUGACCAGUGAGCUCUGGGGAUCUUCCUGUCUACCCCAAUGCUAGGACUGAGCGUGAACAGUGGAGCCUGGCUUUUCUGGUAGGUGUGGAGGUUUGCGCUCAGUUCCUCAUGCACGCAGACCAAGCACUCGCCCUGUGGACGGUCUCCCCGGACCACCUCUAGCUUUUCUUACAACCUCUCUCGGGCUUAGGGCGACCACAGAGUUACCAGUCUCGAGGGCAGCAUAAAUACAUGUGCAUUUGGAUGACGGACUAGUUAUAUUAACAGGAUAAACUAUGUUUUUCUCUGAGAAGAAGAAAGGCAAGAAGGUGCUUCUUCCUAGUGGCCUGCAGGUCCCCGCCCUGUCUGGCCCACCCCCAACCCCCUCAGCCUGUCAGCAGAAGACAUUCUGCAAAGGGGCUAAUGAUGGAAAUGAAGAAAGGAGAUUGGCAGGGUAGGUAGUCUGGCUUUGGGUGUGGAAGAGUAAAUUGGGAAGAGGAGAGGAACCGAAAACACACCCCCACCUAAGUUUUCUGGAUCCAUCAUGGAAGAAAAGAGAGAGAUCAGUUGUAUGUUCCUAACAGAAAGCCCUUUGUGGUGGUAUUGUGUUCCCCCAAAUAUUGUGUACCCUAAUAAACUUAUCUGGGGUCAGAGAACAGAAAAGCCACUAGAUGCUUAGGAUAGGCAGUGGUAGCACACGCCUUUAAUCCUAGCAUUCCAGAGGCAGAAAUCCAUGUGUUCAAGGAUACAGCCAAGCAUGGUGACUCACGCCUUUAAUCCCAGAAAGCCAGGCUUUAAUCUCAGGGAGUGGUGGUAGAAAGCAGAAAGGUAUAUAAGGCGUGAGGACCAGAAACUAGAAGCAUUUGGCUGGUUAAGCUUUUAGGUUUUGAGCAGCACAGUUCAGCUGAGAUCCAUUCAGAUAUGAAAACACAGAAGCUUCCAGUCUGAGGAAACAGGAUCAGCUGAGAAGUUGGCCAGGUGAGGUUAGCUGUGGCUUGUUCUGUCUCUCUAAUCUUCCAGUGUUCACCCCAAUACUUGGCUCCAGGUUUGAUUUUAUUAAUAAGAACUUUUAAGAUUCAUGCUACAGCCCUUUUUACAAGGUGAGUCCUAAAUUACUUAAGAAGACGUGGUUGUUACUGUACCCCCUCCCCAAUUUCACAGCGACGUUUAGUAUUCUAGGGUUUGACUUACACAGACAUCCAUGGUCUGUGCAGGUCUGUCAUCCACGGUGAGAUUCCUGAGAACUGUCCCACGUUCACACGUGGAAGUCAGCUUUGCGCCCAUCUGACCUGCAGUUCUGUGGAGCAUGCUUCCUGGAAAGAGCAUCCACCGCAUUUUGCAGAGCACCUCCUUCCAAGACGGAUCCUGAAAAUAAAGAUCCUUUUCCCCUUUCUUUCUCUGCUCUGCUGGAGACUUCAGCGCUGACUCGGCGACUGUUAAUGCAUGCUUAUGCAAAGUCCAUGCAUUGACGGGGUUCGCCACUAGAGGGCAACAAGUCACCGUUUGGGCUCAGCUGGCCGUAAAAGGGUUGUUUGUCCUUUGUUUGGGGUUUGCUUCCUUGUUUUUCUUUCCUUUCCUUUCCUUUUUUGAGACAGCGUUUCUCAGUGUAGCCCUGGCUGUCCAGGAACUCACUCUGUAGACAAGGCUGGCCUUGGACUCAGAGAUCCACCUGCCUCUGCCUCCCGAGUGCUGGAAUUAAAGGUGUCCACCACCACUGCCUGGUGUGUGUUCGUUUCUUUGAUGAGAUAAGGUCUUACUGUGCAAUCCUAGCUGGCCAAGAAUUGACUAUGUGGACCAGGCUGGCCUGGGGCUCACAGAGAUCCUCCUGACCCUGAGUGCCGGGAUUGAAGGCACGCAACACCAAGCCCUGCUUAAGGAAAAGAUUCGUAAAUGGCUGUCGUGAUUGAAGGCAGUGUGUACCAUGCAGAGUUGCCAGAUGUAGUAAGUAAAAAUAGGGAACACCCAUUCCAUCGAAUUACAUUUAAAUUUCCUGUAAGUUUAGCCUGGAUAUUGGUGGGCUAGCCUUGGCUAGCCUUGCACUGAGCUCUGAAUAUACCAGCAUACAGAGACAAUUGGGACUUUUUGUAUAAAAGCACCAUUCCCUCUUUGAAAUUGGGAUUCUGCCACAUAAACACGGACAAAUUCCUGGGUUACAUCUGAGUUUCAAAUAAUCUUUUAAUGUAAACUUGUCCCACAUAAUAUUGAUUUAAUCUCUCAACCCUGGUGAAAAAUACCUAGACAUAAUUCUUGUCUGAUAUUUGGUUCUGAUGUUAGGGUGGCUAUUGUAGCUGCCUUUGGUUAUUGUUUGCAUUAUGAAUUCUCCCAUUGUCCGAGGCUGGCUGUAUUUUAGCAUAUAUCAAUUACAUAAAAUAAUGGGUUUAUUAUGACACCUUUUCUUCGUUAGUUUAUACAGGGUCUCCCAUGGCUGAGGAUGACCUUGAACUUCUGGUCCUCCUGCCUGUACCUUCAAGUGUCAAAAUUAUAAGCAAAUGCCAUCAGGCCCAGUUUGGGUGAUGCUGGGUAUCAAACCCAGCUCUUGGUACAUGCGAGGCAAGCCUCUGCCAGCUAAGCUGCUUCCCCAGCCUUUUGAUAUUUCUAUGUAUGGAUAUAACAUACCUUGAUCAUACUCACAGGGUGGGUACAUUUAAGUUUACCUUAUAUUUGCAUGUGUAUCUGAAGAUUCCUGCAUGAGUGUAGGUGCACCACUGCAAGCUGGAGCCUUUGGAGGCGCUGGGCCCUGGAACUGGAAUUUCAGGUGGUCGUAAAGCACCAGCCAUGUGGGUGCUGGGACUCGAACCCUGGUCCUCUGGAACUGCAGCAGUGCUCUUAACCCCUGAGCCGUCUCCAACUAGGGUGGGUAGUUUUACAGAGCAUCUCAGUUGACUUUGAAUUGAAGUCAGGGUUAACCCCAAAACAAGCCAGGUGGUGGUGAUGCACAUCUUUAAUCCCAGCACUCGGGAGGCAGAGCCAGGCGGAUCUCUGUGAGUUCGAGGCCAGCCUGGGCUACAGAGCAAGUUCCAGGAAAGGCGCAAAGCUACACAGAGAAACCCUGUCUAAAAAAAAAAAAAAAAAAAAAAAAAAAAAAAGCCCUCCAGCUGGGGAACAAGAAAGAAACUGCCAUCCCAUGUGUUUAAUACAGGGUUCCUUGGACCUGAAAAAUGUCUGGACCCCUUGAAAGAACAAAGCUGCUUGGGCAUCUCCCAGUGUCAGCAAAUGAUGUAUAACGUGUUCUUUUUAAAAAAAAUAAUAAAUAGGUUUAUUUAUUUUCAUGUGCA